AUGGCAGACGAGCCAUUAUUUUCAUUAGAAAUGAAUGAAAAUCGACAUCCAUCAAUUGAUAAUAAUGAUGAUGAUGAUGAUAAUCGUUUUAUUGAUAAUGAUACUGGUGCUGACCCGUCACAAAUAAAUGAAAUUGAAACAGUACAAAUAACUGAAAGAACAGUUAAUCCACGUGGAGAAAAAAUUUCACCACAUGAUUUUCAAUUAUUAAAAGUUCUAGGCAAAGGUGGAUAUGGAAAAGUUUUUCAAGUAAGAAAAUUAUUUGGUAGUCAUCAAGGUGAAAUAUUUGCUAUGAAAGUUUUAAAAAAAGCUACAAUUGUUCGAAAUGCAAAAGAUACUGCACAUACAAAAGCUGAAAGAAAUAUUCUUGAAUGUGUUAAAUGUCCAUUUAUUGUUGAUCUUAUGUAUGCAUUUCAAACAGGUGGAAAAUUAUAUUUAAUAUUAGAAUAUUUAUCAGGCGGAGAAUUAUUUAUGCAAUUAGAACGUGAAGGAAUCUUUUCGGAUGAUAUGGCUUGUUUUUAUUUAUCUGAAAUAUUACUUGGAAUUGAACAUUUACAUAAAGAAGGAAUUAUUUAUAGAGGUGAAGAAUUUUUAAAUAUAUAUAUAAAUAAAAUAUUCUACUUGACGGUCAAGGUCAUGUAA